AUGGAUUCAGAUUUAAAAGAUUUAGAUCUUUAUGAAGUACUAGAAAUACAGCAGACUGCUACUGAAAAGGAUGUAAGUCAUUAUAAACUAUAUAUUUAUGUACAUAAAUAGUUGAGAAAUUGAAUAAAAAUUAAUACCUUAUUACAAUUUGAAUUAGAUUAAGACAGCGUACCGAAAAAAAGCUUUACAAUGUCAUCCAGACAAAAAUCCUGAUAAUCCUAAAGCUGCUCAACUAUUUUUGCAACUAUCUAAGAUAUUAGCUGUUCUUACAGACACUGCAGCACGAGUAAGAUUUAUUUACUUUUAAUACCUAUUAUGUGUUUUGUAAUUUAAUUUGCACACAUUAUUUAUAGACAGCUUAUGACAAGUUAGUAAAUGCUAAACUUGCAGCUAAACUACGUGAAAAAGAGUAUGAUUCAAAAAGAAAAAAACUCAUAGAUGAUCUGGCUAGACGGGAAAGAGAAGCUUUAGGAAACAAAAAAGAUACAGUAGAACGUAACUUUGAGGUAUUUUGAAUAUUAAAAUAUGUAUAUAUGUCUCAUCCAUUUGAAAGUCUGAUCCGAUUUGUAAAAUAAUUGAAAUUUCCAUCUAUUUCAUGAAAUGGAAUUUCAUUUUUUAUUCAACACAUAAUUACAUUACAUGGAUAACUUUUCAUGAAACGGACAUGGAAAUUUAGCAGUCAUUAGCAAUAGUUGCCAAUACAAAUAUUUAUACUUCAAUUAAUUUUGUACGUUUUGGUAAAAAAAUGUGUGUUUAAAGACAGCCAUUUUAUACUACAACUCAAUCCUCGAUUUUCAACUUUAUUAUUUUUCUGUUACUUAUCUGUAAACUAUAAAAGUAAUAUUAUUGUAACAAAAUUGAAUUUUUUUUAAUUAUCCUAACAUCACCACAAGUAUUGUAACAACUAUCAGCUUCAAUAAUACUUAGUUACCAAUCAAAGAUAAUAUUAUCUGUAACUAUAACUAUACAUGUUUUUCAAAUUUUGUGUGACAAAUUGCUCAUAGAAAAGUUGUUCACAGGAAAAAAGAAGACCGGAAUACUUUUCAAUUAAUAUGUGCAAUACCUGCUUUCAUUUUUUUUUUUUGGUUUUUCACAUUUGUUGAGAAAACUUCUGGGAAAAUUGAAAAAUUACUUCUAAGUAUCUCCCCAUUUAGAUUUCCUUUUAGAAAAAGUGCUAUCAUUGUAAAUCUUCGUCAUUCUUUGCUACACUCCGAAUUUAAAAUAAAGUUCUGUUUCGUGAAUUUGAUCAGAACAUCAAAUAGAUGUAACAUACAUAUUACAGUAUUAUAUUAUUAUAUCAUCAUGUUUUUAUCCGAAUAGAAAGAACUAGAACGUUUAAGAAAAGAAAGUUCAGCUCUACUCGCUAAAGAACAAGCUUAUGUUAAUGAGUUGAUUAAGAAACAAGAAGCUAAAAAAGAAAUGCUAGGUUCAUUCAAGUUAAAAGUAAAAUGGAAAGAAAAUGGAGUUUAUGAUGAUGAUAAUUUAAAAUCUCUAUUUUCUAAGGUAAUUAAUUAUAAUUAAAAAAAUGGAUAAGUAUAUUAUAUGUCACAUUCACAUAGUGUAAUUUUUUUAUGAAAUGGAUAUUAAUCUUAUGAAAUUUGAUCAAAACAUAUAAUAAGCUGUUCUAGGUUUAUGUAAUGAACACAAGUUUUUUCCAUUUAAUAGCAUAUACCGUACAGCAUGCUAUAUAAUUAUUAUUUGCAUACUGAUUACUUAGGCAGAAAUAAGAAUUCUUAGGUGGAUGAGUGGUGUGACAAAAGGAUAAGGAAUGCAUACAUAAGAAGUAGCUUAUGUGUUACUUUUAUAGUAGACAAAAUAAGAGAAUAUAGACAGAUGGUUUGAGCAUGUUAUGAGUAGAGAGGAAUCAGAAGCAGUACGAAUUGUAAUGCAAAUAAAAGUAAAAGAAAAAGUAUAGAAGAAAACCAAAUAAAAGGAGGUUGGUAUAUAGUGGACAGUGGGUGUAUGCUGCAAGGAUGUGGAGGAUUGAGCAAGUGGAAAAUUAAGACGAGUGACCGACUCCAAAUAGUUGUAAGAAAGUAAAGGAGAAGAAGAGUACUGCUUACUGAAAUCAGAAUUAAUGUAAGCAAUAAACAUGGUAAAAAUAUACAUGAUUGUCAUGAUUACCAUACAAUAUUAUUCGUUUCAUUUUCUGAGUUUUAUGUGUAGUAAUAUUUCUAUUUAAAACACAUGUUUGAUUAUUAUUAAUACCAUAAUUAUGUUUUACAUAUUUUUGUUAUAAUAAAAUAUUUGGUAGAUAAUAUUUUUAUACUAUUUAAUCUGUAUAGGAUUUUUAAUUUAGAUGUCUUAUUUUCGUUUGAUAUUGUAAUUUAAAAUUUAUUAUUAUAAUGUAAUAAUUUAUGAAAUAUGAGUUAAAAUAAAUGCACAAAUAAUGAACUGGAUAAUGUAUAUAUGUAAACAGAUAAAUAAUAAUCAAGAAAAUUUUUUAUCAUUACAAACUAAUAAAAUAUGAAAAUUUGUAAAAGUGACUAAUAGUGACAUUAACUGUAUACAUGUAUAACUAUUAAUAUUUAUAGUAUUUAUGUAUUUUGUCAUAAUAUUUCAUAAUGAUUUUUUCAGAUUUUCACUAUUUCACAAAAGUUACCAUUAGUGUAAAUUUAAAACAAAACAAUUACACAGUGUAAAUAAUUAUGGUUUCCAUUUCAUAAAAUAUAUUAAGAUUGUGUCUAUUAUAUGAACCUAAAAACAGCUUACAUUACUACAGAUAUUUGUUUUGUAAAAAGUUUGAUUACACUAUACAAAUACAACAUUUAUCUUUUCUAAUCUAUUUUAUAAAAUAGCAUGGUGAUGUCAUAACUAUAGUGGUUUUGGGAAACAAAAAAUGUGCUCUUAUUGAAUAUCGAUCUAAAACUUCAGCUGUGAGUACAUUUUAAAUUAAAUUAAACUUUAAACAAGUACAUUUUUAAUAUUUAUGUAUAUAUAUAUAGAUUAAUGCCAAAAAUUUAGAAGUUGGAUAUCCAAAUCACCCUCUUACAGUGAGUUUUAUUGGGGAUUAUGGUCAAGAGGCUAAGAAGAGUUCUACUAAGACUUCUGCAUCAGAUCAAAACAGUGGUUUUUCAGCUUGUCAAAGUAAAUAUGGAAAUGAAACUCAAAAUACAACGACUAUACCUGCUACACAAGUAAUUCUUUUGAAAUAUUUAUUGUUAAUCUAAAUUUUUACAACCAAUUUUGUUCUCUUUUUAGACAUUUUCAGAUUAUGAAGCAAUGAUUCUUGAAAGAUUUCGCCAAGCUGGUAAGAGAGUCAGCGAAAACUAG